CAGCAAAGCAUUCUUUCUCAUCAUGAAGCCUUUCAGUUAUUUAUCUACUGCUUUGGCCUUUGCCUCCCCUUUGUGGGCGACGCAGAUACAUCCUAGAGAUGCAUCGGAUUGGCCCGACGGCCCCUUCAGCACCGAUGGCCGCUGGGUCGUUGAUGCCUCCGGACAACAAGUCCAUUUUGCCGGCGUCAAUUGGCCUGGAGCUGCCGAGGUCAUGAUUCCAGAAGGUUUGCAAUACCGCUCAGUUGAGCAGAUUGUAUCCCAGAUAAAGAGUGUCGGCUUCAACGCUGUGCGCCUCACGUAUGCCAUCGAAAUGGUUGAUCAGAUAUACGACAACGACGGUAAAGAUAUCAGCAUCGAGACCGCCUUUGUUAACGGUCUAGGAUCUGAAAAUGGAACCUUGGCUCUCGCAAAAGUGCUCGAGAAUAAUCCAUCUUUCACCAAUGAGACAACCCGACUUCAGGUAUUUGACGCAAUUGCUGAAGAACUGGCCACACAAAACAUCCAUAUUCUCCUAGAUAACCACAUUUCUAAAGCAAAGUGGUGUUGUUCCGGCUCAGACGGCAAUACCUGGUGGGGUGAUAGCCAAUUCAACAUCGCCAACUGGCUGCGCGGGUUAAGCUACAUGGCAACUCAUACAUGGUAUAAAUACGUGCAGCAGGGAGCCAAGGCCAUCAACAAUGCCAAUGGCGACGUCCUGGUCUACCUUUCCGGCCUCGGCUACGACACGUGGAUCACUCCAGUCUUCACACAAACAGCACUGACACCUGGCAAGGAGGUCUUUGACAAAGCUGCCUUUGCAGGAUUCUCUGACAAGCUUGUCCUCGAGAUUCACAACUAUGAAAAGACGGUUGGCAGCUGUGCAACUCUCAAGAGUCAUCUCUACACCAAGGGCUUCCAAGCUCACCGAGUGGGGCCACCUGAUGGAUGCCACGACCUGGCAGGGGGUCUACUCGACUUGCUUGAGGAGCUAUGUCGGCUCCCUCAAGGCUAGUUGGUUUAUGUGGGUGAUUGCAGGAAGCUACUACACGCGUUAUGGGAAGCCGGAUAAUGAUGAACUGUGGGGUUUGUUGAAUCACAACUGGACGGAUUGGAGAAACCCUGAUUUUGUAAAGUCGGGGCUGACCCCGUUUAUCCG